AUGAGCCCCCAGCCGGAAUCCUCCCAGCCCAAGAAACGAGAAUCUCGUGCUGGCACGCGGAAAGUCACAUCCCUUUCUGCAGAACAGCUGGAAAGGAAACGUGCGAAUGAUCGGGAGGCCCAGAGAACGAUCCGUCAGCGGACUAGGGAACAUAUCGAGCGCUUGGAACAUCAAGUGGCUGAGCUGAAAGCCAAGGGGGAACAAUACGACGACGUGGUCCGAAGAAAUGCCGUCCUGGAGAACGAAAUCAGAGCUCUUCGACACCAACUUGCUCUGCUGAGUGGCCGACCUGAUUAUGGUCAGAUGGAUGCCGAUUACUCCAGUCGAGCCGAGCCUUAUGUUCUCGAGGGUCAGAUCCGUACGCAAAACCCGAUACCCCUUGCCACGCCCCAAGUCGAAUUCCAUGGCACACAAUCUGUUCGAAUCACGUCAGGAUCGAAGCACAGACUCUACGCCGACACCCUCCGCCACUUCCUCCACCUUUGCGAAUCACCCAUCCAUAAGGUCGACACCGGGGCUUUUGCGGCUGGCGCGCUAAUCCUGUUGGAAGAUUGA